GAGUCUGGAAGUUGACAUCUUGGAAUCUCUACCUUCGUAAUGGCCAGGAGACCCUAAGAAGUGCUACUACCCCUGCAGGCUUUCAACACGGUCCGCGUGAAAGGAAGACUUGAUGGGGUGCUGAGCACCCGUAGCGUGUGGCUCGAGUCGGAGGUGUUCAUGGCAGUUCUAGCACCCGGUGUCAGCUUUGUGGGGACAAGAUGAGGAUGUUUGUUAUCUUGUGUUCACGCGGCGAGUCGCAUGAGCGCAGGCUGGCGUUGAAGAGCCGCAAAAGGUGGUUGUUGUGGUGGUGUUGCGGAGGCAUGGUGGUCAAGCCCAAGGAGACCGCCUGCUCCCUCCUGACGGCGUCGCCCUGUUCAUGCUGUUGCUGGCUUCCUGUCUGGAUUCUCUUCAUCUAGAGCUGCUGCUCUUUACGCCUCCUGAUUCACGAGCUCUAACAGGCUGAGUUUCCUACUGCUAGGGGUGGAUGAAGGCAGUCGAGUCGCUACUCGCUUGUGGUCCGUGCAUUUUGUGUUCCUUUUCUGCACGCCCCUGCUGCUACUCUCCUUUCCUGCGCGCACCACCGACAUCACAGCGAACCUACAGAUCUCGACGAGACACCACUGACAGCGUUAUUACCUCUCCAAACCACGCACAAGACGCCCCUGAAUUCGCAAUGUCGGGCUUCAUCAUCAAACAAGAGGCCGUAGACGAGGAAGCUGGCGUGCCAUUCCGACAGCGCCAGCUGUACGUCCGAGGACCCCCACCACCACCUCAACCCAUGGACGUAGAGAUCGCGGCGAUUCGGGACCGUCUAGACGAGGUCGCCAAUAUCAGCCGCCAGCAGCAGCGCCGCCGCGACGUCGCUGAGCACCACGCAGCUGCCGUAGAGCACCUUAGAGAUGCCGCGGAGCACACCGUCGCCGCCCAAGCCCUCACCCUUGAGGAGCAGGAGGAGCAGAUCCGAGGCCUCCUGGAGGCCCUCAGCCGCCGGGACGCCGAGGUCAGGCACCUGCGGGCAGAGAACCAGCACCUCCGCGCCCAGCUGGAGACGCCUUCGGGCAGCGAUCGGGCCCGUCACACCCGUCGCCGCACGCCUCCAAUCCAGAACCCCUGGACCCGCCGUCGCUCGCGCUCGCCAGACCGUCGUGGACCGACCACCCCGCCUCGUCGUCGUAGCCCCCCGCCGCGUCGUUUUACCAACCGCCACCGAGACCUAGACGCCCCCCCGACGCCGACGAAAGACACCAGCAUGUUGGACUACUAGCGCUGAUUCGCGGAGUGCUGCCAAAGACACGGGAGAAGAGGGUUCAAAUCGGAAGCUUGGCGGAGCAGUUUCGGGAGCUGUGUUGGAGUAUCGGAACGGAUUCGAGGGUUUGACUGUGCCGGAAAACUUGCUGGAGGACGUGGUGCGAUUCGGAACCUGCUGCCGACGACAUCGACUUUGGACGACUGAAUUGGGUGAUUGUUUUUGGAGUUUCGGGAGUUGGUUUGGUGCGGUUGGGCGGAUUCGAGGAGUUGACUGGGGCGGAAAAUCGGUGCUGGGAGUGGUCAGAUUUGGGUGGUGUUUUGGAGUUCGGAAGUUUGAUAGUGGAAAUUUGAGAGUAGUUCUGUUGCUGCUUGCGGGCGGUAA